AUGUACAGUACAUAUAUAACUAUACUGCGUACAUGUCGCAUCUGACAUUUAUUACUGGAAAUCGGAUGGGAUCUUGUAUUUAUUUAAAUAGUCUCGACUCUCGACUCAUCCCCCCUUGUGCGAGUCAACAACCGGUAGCUCAAAACACAAUCCGGGCAUCACACACUUUGGGCCGAUUCAAUGACGUUAUAGCAAUCCAUAAUCUUAGACAAGUUAGAUAGAUAACUAUAUAAAAGAGGAGAGACGGAAGACAACGGCGCAAGCAGAGAGGAGAAACCUAGCAAAGUAAAAUCAAUAAUGUACAGCACGUACGCACAACGUACACAGUUCUGGUGAAAAAUAUCAACCUGUCACAACAAGAAGAAAAGACUCUGGACGAAGAAUUGGAAGAACUGCGAACGAGGGAAAAGGCACCAACCUACCGUGAUACAGAAAAUAAAUAAUCCACACCGGGCGAAAUCCAACAAUAACAAGACCAAGCAGAGUUCUUCUGUUUCUCAACCUCCAUAACUAACUUAUUUACUUCCCUUCCAUAUAGCAAGAUCAAUCCAACAGCGUUGCCUAUAUGCUAUGGACCAGUUCGCACCCUGCCCCGACAGCCCAGCCCAGCCCAGCCCAGCCCAGCAGUAUAUUAUAACCAGCAGUAUAAUAAUAUGCCUGACGGGGGUUUGCGUUGUUGUGAUUUGCGCCAGCUAAAUAUUUAGGAGCAAACCCAGCCGCCACGCCGCCGCCAUGAACCGCCACGACCAUCACCAUCAUCCCCAUCAUCCCCAUCACUACCACCACCGCGACGGGAGUCAUGGCGGCACAUCCAGCUUCGACCGGAACUUGGCUCCCCAUCAUCCUGGAAACCUCCCCGUCCUAAGGGUACCCGACAGCGUCCCAUUACCUCGUGUCGACACCCCCAGUCGCCCGGGAUUCUUCUCGAGAAACGGUUCUUUGUCUAGAUCCUCUAGCCAACGGCAAAAGACAAAACAGCCCGCCCCUCCUCCAACGCCUCUCGUCGUGCCCUGCUGCAGCAGCUGUCCGUCAACUUCCACCGCUGCGACGAUAUCCGCAACCAAUGCGACAAGUCCUCCUCUGACGGCGACUACGAUUCCCCCCUCCUCUUCCUUUCAUUCUCCAGAACGACGACCGUUUCUCAAAGAUUCCCCGACAAAGCGCAAGGUGUCUGGCACGGUCGGGAACAAAGGCAAAAGCAUAUCGCGGUUGAUAAUACCAAACUUUUCCGCCAAUUCGAAUCAGAACACCUCCUCAAGUGAUUCCCAGUCGCUCCCCCAGACCCCAUUGGAUAUACCGGGGAUCUUCUGGGCGAAAACCCCCACGAUAGGUCAAACCAUGGAUUUCCAGAUGUAUGGUGGUCUUCCCGGCGCACCACCCCCAACUUCGGGCGGGGGUGCUUUCGGCCCGCAAAGCGCCAGUUCGAUUUAUAUGAACAUCCAUCAAACCUCGUCAAAGCGGAUAUCAACGCUGGAUUAUUUACGGAAAGCACAUGAAGGCAGUGUCUACUGGUUUAAUACUGUACACUUCUCAAAAUCAGACCUCUCCCGCAUGUCCUAUUUCGAGCAACGGAAACUCUCUCGCCGAGCAAUUAACUACCUCCUCCUAGGCCUUUCCAUCCCCCCCCUUCUCGACGUCAGCACAACCCCCUUCGAAUACCUCCGCGCUCUUAAUGCACUCCUCAUGGAGUUCGAAACGUUCCAACAGGUCCACCCCGCCGAUGGAAAUGCCUCAUCUUCACUCGGGCGCGCAAGGAUACCACACAUGUUCAAACGCUCCGCCCACUCAGGCGCCAAGACCCGCCGGGCGAGCUCAGCAACGGAAAUCGGCCUGCCCAUGCAGACAAGCGAUCCAUCAGACAUCAAAGCCAUGACGGGGAAUAUCGCGACUUCGUCAAAUUCUUCCGCUACAACCUCGUACCCCAGCACAGACUCCUCCGACCUUCUACCCGGUGAGGAAUACACAUACCUCCUCACGCCAACCUUGCCCUUCGACCCUGACUUCUUCGAGACCUUUUCAUCUCUAUGCGACGUCCUGAUUGAUUGUUAUACAAGGCUUAUGGCACUGGUGUCUGGGCCUGCUGUCUGCUCUGCUGUCAUUGCCGAGAUGUUCACCAAGGCCGAUUCGAGGCUGCGAAAGGUGAUGAUCGCGGGCGUGGUGAAGGAGUUCGAAGAUGCCAGUCGCAGUAACGUCAAAUCGGAGAUUGCCGGGGUGAAUAAGGUCCUUCUUGGCGGGCUGCUGGGUUGA